AUUGAAGCCCGGAGACUGCAUGCCUUCUCUUACUCUUCCUUCCUUGUUGGACUACAAGUCUAUAUCAUCCCUCCUUCUCUUCUCAUCACCUGUGAUCGUUGUGGAAUCUAAGGGACAUGGAGGCUGAGGCGAGCUACGUCAAGGACACCGAGCUAAGGCUCGGUUUGCCCGGCACCCACGCGCCGGCAGAAACGAGGGGAAGCAAACGAGCGCUGCCGGAGGACGACGAGAAGAGCCAUGGCAAGAGCAAGGCUCGAGUGGUGGGGUGGCCGCCGAUCCAGUCGUACAGGAAGAACAGCUUCCGGGCGAGGAAGGCGGAGGCGGAAGCCGCCGGAUCUUACGUGAAGGUUAGCAUGGACGGGGCUCCCUACUUGAGGAAGAUUGAUCUUAGGGUUUACAGGGGUUACAAGGAGCUCAGGGAAGCCUUGGAGGACAUGUUCGGAUGCUUUUCUCUGGGAGAAGCGUCUGGGGCAGAAGGGUGCACUGGAUCUGAACAUGCCAUGGCUUACGAAGACAAAGAUGGAGACUUGAUGUUGGUUGGAGAUGUCCCAUGGGAGAUGUUCAUCUCUUCCUGCAAAAGACUCAGGAUAAUGAAAGGAUCUGAAGCAAGAGGCUUAGGAUGAAGGCAAAAACAAAGCAUUCAGAUCUUCAAAGGAUCAAUGUGGAGGAAGAGGUUUUGCCUGUUCUUGUGGAUUCUUCCAAGUCAAUGAAUCUGCUGAAAAAAGGGAGAAAGAAGAAGUCAGAAAAGAAAAAGAAGCAGAGGAAACAAAGCUUGGCAAUGAAGAAAUCUGAAAACCAACAAAAUUGGUGAGAACUGCUAAAAAGAUAUCUCAAGCUUUGGUGUUAGAAUUGCUUUGUGGUGUAUAAGGGGAGAUACAGAACUUGUUCUCCAUGCAAUUGUACAGAAAUUUGCUGUAAUCCAUGUGCAGUGAAGAAUAUGGUUUCAAGUUCUUGCAAGUAGAUCAAAGGCUUGCUUACAAAUUCCUAUUUGAUGUAUCAUGAUCUGAAAGAGAAAAAGGAACACAAAAUCAUGUUUGUGAUGUCACCAGAAACUAUAAAUAGAGAUUUAACUGAGCUAUAAGAAUAUUGUAUUAGAAAUUAAAAAGUAGAGAUUGAAUGUUUUCUAUUAUUGACUGAAAAUGUUGUCUUGUAC